UUAUUAUCAUUACACCAAACAUGGCGGAUACCGAAACUGUUGAGAUGCCGGAAACCGAAAAAGUUAAUCCAGUUUCAGGUGUGCAGGCAGAUACAGAGCAAGAGAACAAUGCAGUAGUUGAAGAACCUAAUGAAGAAGUGACUAAAGAAAUCAGUAAUGUGAAUCAAGAUGAAUAUGAGCCAAUGGAUAAUACCCAGUUAAAGGCAGAAGAAAUGGAAGCCCAAGCUGAAAUAACUGAAGCUCAGAUUGAAGAACCUAUGGUACAGUCUGAGGAACCUGUCGCACAGUCAGAAGAACUAGUCGCACAGUCAGAAGAACCUAUGGUACAAUCUGAAGAAACUAAGGAACCUGAAAAAGAGGAUCAAGUGGUACCUGAAGAAAAAGUAACAGAAGAGCCAUCGCCCCCACCGGAAUUAGAAAAAUAUUGGAAAGUUGUUAGGGACAACUGUUCUGAUUUUACAGGAUGGACAUAUCUUUUGCAGUAUGUUGAGCAAGAAAACCACCUAGAAUCUGCAAGAGAAGCCUUCAGUGCAUUCUUUGAUCGGUAUCCGUACUGUUAUGGUUACUGGAAGAAGUUAGCAGACUUGGAAAAAAAGCAUGGCAACCUGGACAGAGCAUGCGAGGCAUUUGACAGAGGAACAAGAGCUAUAGCCCUCAGUGUUGACCUGUGGAUUCAUUACAUCAAUUUCUUCAUGGACAACUUUGCCAAUGACAGUGAUUUUGUGGAAAGAACAAGAAGUUUAUUUGAUAGAGCUGUAGCUGCUUCCGGUACUGAAUUCCGAUCAGAUAAACUUUGGGAUAUGUACAUCAACUGGGAAAAAGAAAAAAAGAAUUUGAAGAAGAUGACUGGUCUGUAUGAUAAACUAUUGGGAAUACCUACACAACUUUAUAGUCACCACUUUGACCAGUUCAAAGAACAUGUGAAUGGCAACAUGCCACGAGAUAUUUUAACAACUGAUGAAUUUUUAAAGAUGAGAACAGAAGUGAUUGCAUCUAACCCUAUUGUUGAGUCAGAUGUAGUUGAUGAUGCACCACCUGGUGUUGAGGCACCACCAGGUAUGGAAGAUCCGGAAACUAAUGCCAGUAAGCUUGAUGCCGAAACUGUUGCAAUACGUACAAAAAUUAUUGAGACAAGAAAGGAAGUAUUCAGGGUGACAGAAGAGGAAGUCAGUAGAAGAUGGGCUUUUGAGGAAGGGAUCAAAAGGCCAUACUUUCAUGUUAAGCCUCUGGAACGAGCACAGUUGAAAAAUUGGAGAGAGUACUUGGAUUUUGAAAUAGAAAAUGGUAGUCAUGAACGUGUGGUGGUUCUUUUUGAAAGGUGUAUGAUUGCAUGUGCUCUCUAUGAAGAUUUCUGGUUGAAGUAUGCUCGUUACAUGGAACCUCACAGCAAAGAAGGUGUCAGUGCUGUCUUUCGAAGAGCUUGUCACAUUCAUCUCCCAAAGAAACCCAACAUUCAUCUGCAAUGGGCUGCAUAUGAGGAGCAGCAAGGCAAUAUUGAAGAGGCCAGAGAAGUGUUCAAGAACCUAGAGGCUGUUGUUCCUGGUCUAGCUAUGGUGACUCUUAGAAGAAUUAAUCUAGAACGAAGACAUGGUGAUCUUGAUACAGUAGAUAAAGUAUUCAAAGAUUGUCUGAGUCGAUCCAAAAGUAAAAAAUUGGCUUCUUUUUAUGCCAUUAAAUAUUCAAGGUUCCAUUCCAAGAUUCAGAAUGACACGGAGAAAGCAAAAGCAGUAUUGAAUGAAGCUCUGAAAAAAGACCAGGUAUGAUAUGAUAA